GGAGCCAAAGCUCGAGCUAAGCACACGGGAACUGCUGCCUUGUCGGAAGAGCAACUGGAGCAACUUCGGCAGAAGCACGACACCAACCAGGACAAGAUGAUCAACCAGGAAGAAUUUGAUGCCAUGGCCCAAGAAAUCGCCACCUUGAUGGGGCACAAGCUGCCACCAGGCAGCAGUAUGAAGGAAAUCUUCGACCAGUUCGACAAGGACAAGAGUGGCCAGAUGAGCAUGGACGAAUUCAAUUGGGCCUAUGCCACGCUACAGCAGGAAGUUGAGGAGAAUGCGGCUCUGAAGAUACAGGCGGCAUUUCGUGGGAACCAAGCGCGAUCCAAUGUGGACACUAUGAAGAUGACCAAGGCGGGGCAUCCUCCACCGCCCAAAGGUGUGGCGGCGGUGAAAUCUAAAGCCAAGACAGCGGCGGCAGAGAGUGGAACGGCUGGCCUGACCCAAGCGCAGAUGGUGGCUUUGAGGGAGAAAUUUGAUCUCGACGGAGAUCAAACUUUGGGCCUCGCGGAGUUCAAGGGCUUGGCGCGACAAGUGGCACAGCUGCAGGGCCAUGCGGCACCCAGCUAUGCCAUCUUGGAAGAUAUCUUCGACGAAUUCGACAAAGACUUUACUGGCAAGAUGGGUAGUGAGGAGUUCAACUGGGCCUAUGCCACACUUCAGCUGAAAGUGAAGGAAGAGGCCGCCAAAGAGGCAUCAAGAUUGAUGAAGGUUAGUUUGAAUCGAUCAGGGCAGAAAUUGGGCCUAACAGUGGACAGCAAGACCUUGGAAAUUAAGGACAUUAUCAGCAAGUCCGUUGUUGCCGAGUGGAACUUGGCCAAUCCUACCAAACCUUUGCAAGUGGGGCAUCGCAUCAAGAAGGUGAACGGAAAGCCUGGCAUUCAGGGCUACAACGAGGAGCUGCUGAACAAGUCGGUUGAGGUGCUGAACCUUGAAGUCGUGGCUGGAGAGAAGUUUCAAAAGGUGCCCAGGUUUUACUUUGUGAGACUUGAUCGUUCGGCUGGUGGCAAACUUGGAAUACAAGUUGAACAACCCUCGCUGGAGAUUCAAAACUUGGCACCGGGAGGCUUGGCAUGCAAGUGGAACGAAGAACAUCCAAAGGAGCGGAUUCGACCUGGAGAUUCCAUCGUCAAGGUGAACGACAAGGAUGGCAUGGCUGGUUUCAAGGAAGAAAUGAUGAAUCCCAACAUUUCCGUCUUAAACAUCCAGCUUGCGCCUCUGAGUCGGUAUCACGAGGAUGAUGAGGAGAUCCAGAGCGAAUCGUCGGUGUUGACGGACGAAGAAGAGGCGUUGGAGAGAUACAAAGUGGUCAUCCACGCCAUGCAGGAGUUUUCGGCUGCGGAACAAAAGCGCCGUGCCAAUGCCGAGAAACGAAGACUGAAAGCCAUCAGGGACGGAAAGGAGGUCUUGACGAAGCUUGAGGCUAGCAGUGCUGAUUUCUACCGACAGAUGGCAUCCUGCACCUUACCCGAAGAUCUCAGCGUACAGGCCGAAGAGGACCGGCGCAAGCGCUUUGCCAUUGAAGAAGCACGGCGGCAGCAGGAGAGGAUCUAUGAGUACACGUCGUUUGCCAACGCCCCAAGUGUGGCCAGCGAAGCCGAACGCGUCUUUGGUCGCUCCACCUUUGCCUGUCCCUGCUGCGGGCGCCUCUUCCACGUCUUCCACGAGGAUGGUCGCUACCAUGCAGUGGUGGCCCAUGGCGUUGAACUGCUGGGUCAAAGUCCGGAGUUUCCUGGCACACGACGUGGGGUGUAG